GAACCUAUUGUGACGUCAUGACUAAGAAAAUGACAUCAUUGAAAUUCUGACAAUUAACGCUGAAAUUAUGGAAGAUAGAAAAAAGAAGCCGCGUUUUAGUGAGAAAGAAAUUGAAAUAUUAGUUCAAGGAGUUAAAGAACGUUCAGAUGUCAUCAACUCAAAAUUCAGUGACAUGAUCAGCAAUACAAAGAAAAAGCAAGCGUGGGUGGAAAUUUUGGAAUCUGUAAAUGCUGUCUCAUUCUCAAAGAGAACUGUCGACGAAAUUAAAAAGAAGUGGGAUGAUGUAAAGAGGGGUACAAAGAAGAGAGCUUCUGCCGUCCAGAAAGAACGUUGUAAAACGGGGAGUGGAAAAUUGGAGAUUAUACCUUUAAGCCCAAUGGAAGAAGAUAUUGUGUCUGUAAUGGGAGAGGAGAGAAUUUUUGGAUUCAGCUCGUAUGUAGACACCAUGAUUCCACCUGUAAGUAAGCCUAAUUUCAUUCCGUCAUUUUUGGUAUUUACUUUAAUCUAAAACAAUAUAUUUGUUUCGAGACUUUCAACAAUUUUGAACGAUGUUCACAUACUAAAUUUCAAUAUCUGCAUAUACACACAUAAAAUCAUUUUUACAGUUUUUAAAAAUAAUGACUGUUUUAUAAACUUGU